CCUUUUCCUAUACCCUUCACCUACUCCUUCCUCUUCAUGCCGAAUAUCGAGGGUGGUUGGAUGGAAGGAAGUAAUUCACGUGGCCAAGUUGGAUUAUUUCCCGAAUCCUACGUCGUACCGUAUUUUGGUGCUCCACCUUCGAUGCCUCCGGUGAGUUACUGUAAUGUACGACUGCAAAUUACUGUAGGAUUUGUGAUACUGAGCCAUUGA